AUGACGAAACUCGCCCCAGGAACUCCUGUGGUUUACCUCGAUGAGAGCUGCAUUCAUCAUCAUUACGCCCGUCAUCACGACAGCGACAGUCUGUGCGAUCCUACCGAUGACGGAGUGGUCAAGGACAAGCACAAAAGCCGCCACCUGUGUUUCAUCGAUGGCUUGGAUAUCUUCCAAGGCGGCGCGAAGCCGCGACACGAACCGAAGGACUACCGCGGGAUGUUUGUCCACGACUACUGA